AUGACGGAUCAAAAGGUUGCCAUUGUAACUGGGGCUGCAUCGGGCAUUGGCAAGGCGCUAGCUGUACGCUUGGUAGAGAAGGGAUGGCUUGUUGCUCUACUUGACAUCAACGAAGAAGCCGGUUCUCAACUUGCCUCCAGUCUCGGUCCUAAUACCAUUUUCCUCCCAACGGACGUCGCAUCGUACACUUCCCAAUCUACCGCCUUUUCCGCCGUCUUCUCUCGCUUCGGACGCAUCGACGCCCUCUGUGCCAAUGCGGGCAUUGUCGAUCGAUGUUCACUUUACCUCCAGUCCCACCGUCCCGAGAGCGUCACCGACAUCCCUCCAGCUCCGGACCUGACAGCCACAGACAUUGACUUCAAGGGUGUUGUAUACGGCGUCUACCUGGCAACACACUUCAUGCGGUUCAAUCCCCCAACCGCGUAUGGGAAGAAGAUUGUGGUGACGGCGAGUGUCGUUGGUACCGUGCCUUACCCAGCGUUGCCGGAGUACAGCGCCGCCAAGUCUGCUGUCGUGGGAUUCGUCCGUGCCACUGCGCCGGUGCUGAGGCAGAAGGAGGGAAUUGCCUUGAGCGCGGUGUGUCCCCAUUUUGUGGCCACGCCGAUGCUGCCGCCUUUUCUUGUGGACGCGGUUGGGGAUACGCGGUUGAUAUCUGUGGAUGAGGUUGUGAAGGCGUAUGAGGUGUAUUUGGAUCAACCAGGGGACAGAUAUGCCGGGGAAGUUGGAGAGGUUGUAGGUGGGAGCUCGGAGGUCGUGCCCCUUCCCACAUACGGGACAGAGCAGGCGAGAGAGUCAAUGGUUGCGGGGAUUGAACCAAUCUUUGAGGCGGUCCAUGGCGGACCCAGUGGUGUGGAUGCUCAGCAUCUGUUUUGA